UCGGUGGUCAGGUAUGAAAAAGGGGCGGAGUUAAGAAGCCUAGUGGGGCUUGUCGCGACGGGGCUCGGCAUCUCUUGAAUAAAUGUCGAUGAGACCGUUGUUAAAUUCAAUUUUGCAUGUGACCUCACAGGGAGAACAGGGUGUCACUCGCACGACAGAUUAUUUUCAACAAACACACUUUCUUCCAGCUACGGAACGGCAUGGGACUCACUCACUAAAACAACCACGGAGAGAUAUACACUAAGACCGACUAUGGCUGUGGACGCGGCGUCCAGCUUCAGUUUCUGCCGUGCGUCCCUGGAGCACACAGUGUCUGCUGAGGAGCUCAGCUACCAGCUGCCUCGCCGCGCAGGAGGCAGUCUGACCUGGCAUGAUGGGCGGGGCCAGAAGACCACACGCACUGUCAAACUACUGCAGCAGCCUGGCACAGAGGGCAUCCAGCUGCGUCCAGGCGAGGCCUUCACUGUGUACCACACCAGUCCUACGCUGUCCAGCCUUUCCAAACCAGUGGUGCUGUGGACUCAGCAGGACGUCUGCAAGUGGCUCAAGAAGCACUGUCCUCACAACUACCUGACCUACGUGGAGGCUUUCUCUCACCAUGCCAUCACAGGGCGUGCGCUGCUGCGUCUCAACGGGGAGAAGCUGCAGAGGAUGGGCAUCGUCCAGGAGACGCUCAGACAGGAAGUCCUCCAGCAGGUCCUCCAGCUUCAGGUUCGAGAGGAGGUCCGGAACCUUCAGCUGCUCAGCAGAGCCUCCUUUGGAAACUUCUCUUAGCUCGUCCCUCCAUCCAUCUGGCAGUCGUCUCUCCUCCUCUUCUGGCACGGCCCUUCUCCAGUGGCAGCAGGAGGACCUGCGUUAUGCAGAUAUGCCAGGGCAGAAUCCUCUGAAAGGAGAAGAGAAGGGCCUAUAGACUAGAGACUGGAGGAUCUCCAGUCACCCUGGCCAAGCUGAGGAACUGAGCCCUCAUGAAAAAGACUAAGACUGAGACAAUCCCCUGCUCAACACUAGGGCACACACUGUAACAUAGACAGAAUUUAUGAGAUUCACAACUCCCCAUGAUUCAAUCGCCACCACUUUAUUGGCCUGACGCUUGGAUGUUCAAUCAGAACUUGAAGAUUAUGGCUCCAUUGUGUGUCUUCUUGUUCUUGUUGGCAGUUAGGGCCGUGCUGACAUUGAUGUGAGAAGGGAUGAGUGUAGAUUCCUCGGUAGUGUCAUGCUACGUACCUCACAACAACAUGGUUCCACCUUGUAGCUGCUCCUGGCUCCGUCACAGUCUGUUUAGUUCCUACGCAUCAUUUGAUCAUGUCCAUACCUUUGAACACUUCCACACAGAAUACUUCCAUACUGAGUUCCGUAAAGUGUUGGUCUGAAAAUGGUUUACCGAUCGCACUCACUGUAAAGACACUUUGAAGUAUAAAUACUAGAGUGAACGGCUCCUAAUAGUUUUUGCUUAGGGAUUAAGUAUCACAGCAAGGUAGGGAUGAGGGAAAUUGAAUCGAUCCUCACUGUUGUUACAUGACUGAAUGUGUCCUCAUUAUGCUACUGAUGAUGGUCAUGCCAAAUUCCUUCCUCAUACUUCAUUAUGUAUUUUCUCCUCUCAGGAUUUUCUUUUGGGAAUAUGUAUAGUUUUUAUAGAUUUACAGUUACACACAGCAUACAGUUCAUGUUGUCACGCACUCUAAUCCCCAGAGCACACUCUUAUCUUUUACAUUUAAAUUUUGGAACGGUGUCCUCGUGUGCAGAAUGCCAUUGCCCCAUGUGCUGUUUUUGUACUGUAAAUGAACAAUGUCACUGCUGAGUCUGACCGACAUAUAUUUGAACGUAGUAGAGUGAUGAAACUGUAGGCCUAUGUAGAUACCAUGUCCUUUUACCUUUAGUAUUUUUCAGAUUAAAUGAAUUUGGUAGACAUGCUGACAUUGAGAUUAUAUGUGUUUGUUUGUGUCCUCUGUGUCUGAUGAAGCAAUAAUUUAACCGUAGUUGACUGGGAGAUUAAAAUAUUCCCUUAAGAAUUUCUAGAAGCAGGACUUUCCAAGGCAUGAAGUUGCAGUAUUUAUGAGUACUGUGUGUCUGUAUGGUUCAGUAGAGUUAGAUGUUUAGGAGGCAUAUUCUAGAACCCUUAACAACAUGUGCUGUCCUGCUUACACAUAUAACGGACAACUGGAGUCAUAAGGACUAGCAGUUACAUUGGGUCAGAAAAGCAAUGUUACACGACGUCAGACAUUUAAUUCAUUUAGCAGAUACUUUUAUUCAAAGCCUCAUACAAAUACUGCAUUUAGAAAGUACAGCAGAAUAUCAAGAAGUUCAUAGAUAUACAGUAUUUUGGGUGUUAAGAGUCAAGGAACAACCUGUAUUGAAGUUGAGACUGUGUUAGCUGUGGGGGAAUUGGAGCAAAGCAUUGAUAGAUAAACAUGUUGUAGCAAAUGUUCCUGCUCCCCUGAGGAGAAGCAAUCCAUCCGCCUACUCCUGGUUGACACUGUGAAUCCAAGUGCACAGACAACCUAACCAGAUAUGAGAUUUGCAGCAUGACAGUGAGUCCUCAACCUAAAUCCUCAAGCAAGCAACACACAGUACCAGGUGAAUUUGUUCCUACCCUGAGAAAUGAUGUUUGCAUUGCAAGAAUGAUCCUUCACAUUAAUUCAGCUAAAUUAACACCAUCUCUCCAACAGACCCUUCUUCCGUCUUGCCUUCCUCCCUCCAUUCACU